AUGGCUUCAAAAUCUUAUAUAAUUUUAGGAACUGUUCUUCUCUUAAGUGCGAUGGUUUUGUAAUAUGAAAGUGCUACCCCUCUGGCCAAUGAUCAUAACUCUUGGAUGUUGAAAUAUAAUAAAUAAUAUUACUCAUUGCUUGAACAAGAGUAUAGAAGACAAGUGUUUGAGAGAAAUGUUAAAUUAGUAGAAGAGACAAACAAAAAACAAACUGACUUUGUAUUGGAAAUUAAUGAAUUUGCGGAUCUAACAUAAGAAGAAUUCUCAAUUAAAUAUUUACAAUAUGAUCAUUAAAUUUCUAAUUAAUAAACAUAAUAAUUGUUUAAAGAUGGGUAGGAUUUAAAUCAAGAAAUAGAUUGGUCUAAAUAUGCUGGAAGUGUUAGAAACUAAGGAUAAUGUGCUGGAUAUAUCUUUAAUGUAUUGGAUCUUUUGGAUGCAAAUAAUAAAAUUAUUAAAAAUAAUUAAAAUCCACUAUCUUAACAAGAUCUAAUUGACUGUUCAGGAUCAUAUGGUAAUUAAGGAUGCCAAGGUGGUUUUAUUUCUGGCACAUUGAAUUAUGUAAAGGAUAAAGGUUUGGCCUAUGAAAAAGACUACCCAACAACUUAAACUAGUGGAGUUUGCAAGAAUGUUUAAAGAACCUUCCGCAUCUCAAGUUACAUAACUGUGAACAAUUGUGAUGAUUUAAUUAAAGCUUUGUCUAACUCAACAGUCACUGUAGCAGUUGAUGCAACUUCUUGGUAAUUCUAUAAAGGUGGUGUUUUGACAUAAUGUGGAAGUUCUUUAAACCAUAAUGCAUUGUUAACUGGAGUUACAAAUGAUGGAGUAUGGACUCUUAAAAAUACUUGGGGAACAUCUUGGGGAGAAAAAGGAUUCAUAAGAUUAGGAGCUGGAAAUACUUGUGGAGUUUGCAAGGCUGGUUCACAAUAAGUAUUUUGAAUAGAAUUAAUAUCAGUUAAAUAUUAGAAUUAUAAAACAAUUAUCUUACUAUA